CUUCAUCAAUCAAUUAUUCAUCUUCAUAAAUCAACAAACCCCCCCCCCCCAAAUAAAUAAAAAAAAAAGAAAACAAAUUUUUUUUUCCCCGGGAACCUAGGGCGUGGGUUUAAUUGAACCCAAGUGUGGGUUCAAUCAAACCCAGGCAUGCUGAGUUCGAUGGAACCUCGACGUGGGUUCCAUGAACCCAGCAGUUGGGUUCAAAGGAACCCACGCUUGCUGGGUUCCAAGGGGAAAAAAGAAAGGGAAAGGAGAAGAGGAAAGAGAAAGGCCUGGGUUCCAAGGGGAAAGAAGAAGAGGAAAGAGAAAGGAAAAAAGAAGAAAAAAGAAAAGAAGAAGAAGAAAGAAUUAAAACAACAAUUCAAAGAUGACUCCUCUGUUUCCAUCUCCCCUGGAGUGCCCCGUCGCUUCAGCUCUCCUCCUCCUCUCCACCACACCUCCUUCUCCAUCUCCUCUCAAGUUGAAAUCCGGUGCCGAGAGGUCAAAGGACAAAAAAACAGUGAAGAGGGCUUGAGCUUGGCUUCGAUUGGAUCGAAAUCGUCCUCUUCGUAUCUCAACAGUGAUGUUUCUUCUAAGGAGGUUUGGCCGCAUAAGCUGAGCUUUGUCGCCAUUGAAACUGGCUGCCAUGAACUCAUGAAACUCAAGGUCGUGGCAUUAUCUGGAUCCAUGUCCAUAGAGGCAUCGUGCUUGUCGAGCAGCUCCAGGGCGUUCUUAAGCGCACAAAGCAAACACUUCGCCGGGGCUGAGAAAAAACCGAUGGCAAAUCUCGAGAAGUUAAGGAAGAAGCGAGGCGUCUCAAGUCACAUAUGCAACCGAGACAAAGGGAUUUUGAAAUUACCAUCCGACGAUGGUAGGGAUGAGAACGGGCCCCUGUCUCCUCCCCAUUCACGCCAAUGGCAGGUAUAAGGAUAUUUGCAAAGAUUUUUAGUGGGGGCUAACAAUGCCUUCUGUCCUUGUGGAGAAUGGUACAUUUUGAUGGGUUUAUGGCUUUCUCGUUAAAUAUUAAAUAUGUAAAAUAUAA